UUAAACCUUAAUUAAUAGUUUAAAUGUACUAGUUGUGACGGGGCAUAUGUCCUGCGCACUGACUUCGAUGCGGGGGAGGGCACGCUCCAUCUGGGAUCGCCAUCAGCUGAAUGGAGUUAGCUGGUGGGCGGGUCUCAGCGGAGCGUGUCUGUUUAAAAAGAGCAGCUCGGCAGCGUGCGCGCAACCUGGAGUCGGCAUCCGUUAGGGCCGUGCUCUGCUCAUUCUGUUUUUGUUUUAUUGUUUGUUUAUUUAUUUUUGUAUUUUAACGUCCUUUACUCUGUGUCUUCCAUCGUGGUUCUCUGCUGCCUCCCUGCUACUCUCCAGCGCGGUAGGAAAAUGAAUCCUUUACAUAGUUUAAUUAUUUAAAUCACAGGAGAAAACAAACGCACAAUGCAUUCGGCAAUUAGACUGAAGCAGACGGAACGAAAUGCAGGUUCAAAUAGAUUUUCAAUUUUAUAUGUGUUGGAAAACAUGGAUCGAGAAUUGAUUAGCAGUUUGCUACGCAUGUGAACUGGCAGAGCUAUACUGGUGUUCUUUUCUGAAAAGAGACUAAUAUUGCAGAUAGCAGACUUUGGUUCAAAUUGCAUGUACUGCUAACAAUUGAUAAGAGACUUUGCAUCUACAAGCUUCUUGUCCAACAUUGACUGCAAGCUAGCAAGAUAACAAUGCUGUGGACCAGAAGGGGCCAGGCUCUAAGACUUUUGGGAAUACAAAGCAUAAAGGAGCUAAAAGGCUCCCAGGGACUGCCGUUGGACCCAAAGGUUCACAGGGAGAAUAAGAGAUAAUGCCACUGGACUCAAAGGGUCUCAGGCAAAACGGAGAGAUAGGAACAAGGAAGAUGACAAAAACCAGAUGUAUGGACCUUUUUGGGGCACCAGGGGUCUGAAGAAUGCACUGAGUUCAGAGGUCGUCACACUAGACUACACACACAGACACACACACACCACACACACACACUCACACUAAAUGAAAUAUAUGGUAACAGGAUAAUGUGUUGUACCUUUUCUAUUGGUUAAGUGUUAGAGAAAGAGGAGGUGGACCAUCUAUACAGAAGGGUAUUUAAUGUCAUGCAACAAUUGUAAGAACGAGUAUUCUGUUUGUCCUGUACCUGGGACCAGACUCCCUGCAUAUUUCAUUAAACCUAACAACUGAGUGAAGAAAAGGACUCUGUGCAUUUUCUUGAAUUUACUUACUCACCAUCUUUUUUUUUUAAGUUACAUCAAUAUGUAACUUGAAAUCUCCAACUUAAUUAAGGGUUAGUUUAAGUAGUUGAGAGCUCUCUGCAUAUCUACCACACGCUCAAACUUGCAAACAGUAUAAAAGUGUAUUGUUAAGGAGUGACGACGUCAUCACACAGGGUGACGCAGUUUAAAGGUGGAGAGACCAACACAAAGGGGCAUCACAGUCAGUGCAAACUUGUCCAAUGUAAUUAUGGUCCGCUUCACUAACUCUCCUCCCCACCGCUACCUGAUCCUCCCUCCUUCUCCUCCUCUCUGCACCUCCUGGCUUCUCCCUGCACCUCCCCACCCAUCCCUGCCUCUCCUGUCUGUCCCCUGCAGGGUGUGCUCUGAGAAGCACAGGGAGAAGUCUCGUGAAGCUGCCCGGAGUCAGGGAGAGAAGGAGAGCGAGGUCUUCACACAGCUGGCCCUGCAGCUCCCCCUACCCCUUGGCGCUGCCCAGCAGCUGGACAAGGCCUCCAUCGUGAGGCUGACCCUGAGCAACCUGUGCCUCCGAGAACUGCUGCAUACAGAGGCAGGCUGCGGUGAAGUGGACAAUGAGGUGGAGAGGACUGCACCUGUGGAGACGUCGAUCGAGGGAUUCCUGCUGCUGCUGUCCCAGGACGGGGUCAUCAUUUACACCUCAGAGGAAGUGACGAGACACACGAGCCUCAGCCAGGCAACAUCUACCAGUGUACUGCAGUCACCAGCCAGAUGGAUCUCAUUGGGCAGUGUAUUUUGAUUCAUUCAAACCUGUGACAAGGAGGAGAUGUGCAAGGCCAAUCAGGGUCGCACAGUCAACCUCAAAUCGGCUUCCUGGAAAUUUGUCAGGAUCCAGCCAAUCUGCAGGCUGUUAGUGUCGGUGUUCACCGGCAGAGGGCGACAAAGGAACCAAAAGAGCGCAAGGUGCUGUGGCAAUGGCAAAGACUGUGAGGGGGCGCUAAAGGAGCAUCCUCACAUGUUGUUCCUGUGUGGACCACACAGGGUGUGGUCUUUUUGGUACCAAGGGACAUACUACUUGGAAGACUUGCCUGUUCACCUGGAAAAGGAUUACAAACUACAUUUCCCGAUAGCCCUUGUGGAUUAUAAAGAAAGUGAACAAGUGACACUUACCUGGCGAGACUUUCUGUUCCGAGAGCAGAUUUACUGUUACCAGCAGCGACUGGAUGGAACUUGGACUGGUCUCUGUUUGCUAAAGCAAUACAUUUUUCCUUGCAACGAGGACAGCUCGUGCAAACAAUAGAGAGGGUUGAAGAAGUGAGAUUAGUGGGCAGGUUUUCUUUUGUUUUGUUUAUUUUCAAAAAUGUUCUGUUGAGUCUUUGAACUUUGUUUAAGGAAAUAAUAAAAACUGCCUUAAC